AUGCAAGAAUAUCGACGUGUUGAUGAAGAGGGCAAGAACUGGAAUGUGUAUAUUGAUCUAUCUAAGCAAAUUGUUUUCUCCAGAAAAGAACUCUUUUGUUUUCCAGGAAUUAAGUCCAAGAGACGCCAAGUGACUAAUGGACUUUGUCAUCCAUUUAUAAUCCUAAAACUCAUAUUCUUCUUUGAAACCAAAUAUUUUGGAGUCUAUGCAUUCAUCUUCACAAAAGCAAAGCUUGAGUUUCUUUCUAAGACGAGAGUAGACGAGACGUCACGAGAAUGGCCCACCAAAGCUAGACGAGAAGAUGAUGGAAGAUUGUUGCUCUGA